CUCUGCGCUCUCCACUCCACGCAGAACCGCCCGCGACUAUUCGCGGCUGCUUUGGCUGCUGCUAGCAGGCUUUCUGAUCUAGGUCAGGGACCCUGCGCUUGCUCAACCGUAGUUGCGCCUUCAACUCUGUGUUCCACUUCACCACCUCGCACCACCAACCCAGACCAAGACCCUCUCCUCCAGCGGUCAGCACCACGCCCAUUGUGCCUCCUGCUACACGCUCCGCCGCCGCGUGCCUGGUGCCAACGACUGCUCUGCCCGCAAUCUCCGUGCCGCCCUAUCGUGAGCACCGCAGGACCAUCGAGACACUUGCGAACCAUAUUCCGCGCCUGCUCGCUGUGGCCCUUGGCGUCGUGCACUCCACGCCCACCCCGUGCGGCCUGCGAGUCCUCUUGAGCAAGUCGAGAGCCAUCGCCCCCGAGGCAGGAACGCACGGCUGCGCUGUGGCAGCUUCGACACUCGCUUGCACUGCACCGCACUCUCGCUCGAAAACCGCCUCAUGAUCCGGCAUCCGUACUAGACUGACGCCAUGACCGAGGUGCUAAGCCUGCCCAUGCAGCCGGAGUCCUCGCCAUAUUAUCAACCAUCCGGCCCUCUGAAAGCCUCCAUGUCGUCCUCGUCACUGUUCUUCGACCCAGAAGCACCUCGAUCACCCGCCGCACGCCCGGCAUAUACACCACAUGCAGAGCACCAAGAGAACGUGCCCGGUGCUGCGCAGUGGAACGGCAUAACACCACCAGCAUCUGCAACACCCUCCUUCCCAGCGAGGUCUCGCGCCGAAUCCGAGGACUCCGUUGCCAGUAGUAGCAAUUCUUCGGUUACGAGUGACCUUAGUGAAGACACCGACAUCACCUUUCCCAACUACGACGGCGAUUGUGCUCCAGGAGCCCACAGUAUAGGAAACAGCGACGAACCCGGCGAUACUUCGGCCACGGACACCACCAUAUCAGAUUCACCGAUCCCGACACCUACGGUUGUCGAUGACACAGCUGUCAGACAAGAGCCCUCCCGACAAGUCGACUUCCUCAGCCAUGACUGGAGGGAGGAGGACAUUUGGUCAUCGUGGCGCCAUAUUGUCUCGCAGCGGAAGACGGUAUAUGGCGAGAGGUCGAGACUGGAGAAUGCUUCGUGGCGAACGUGGGCCAAGACAAAGUUCGAUCUCCACACUGUGUCGCCUGAGAGGCUGAACUGGCUCAAGGAAUCAGACGUCACCUGGCUUUAUGGUCCUCUGAAAGUGGCUUCCUCAUAUCCCGUGACGGACCGCACUGGUUCGCAAAUAACGUCACCCAUGUCGAAGAAUAACUCUUUUAUCAACAAGAAGCCAAUCUUGAAGAAGCGAAGCGUGUCCGAGGUCAUGCUCCAGAAGUCCUUAUCCACCUCGUCACUGGUCAAACAAGCUGCAGCGUCAGUGCAGGCACAGGGUCGUCAGUAUCGACGCUCCGGACCUGAAGUCGUCGACUCAAAACUGCACUCAGAAACGCCGAGCCGGGAUCAGGUCGACUACUUCACCAGUCGCAGCAACAGCACUGUCGACACACCUUGCGAGAACCAGGAGAAACGCCACAUACGUUUCGAUGACCGUGUGGAGCAAUGUAUCGCUGUUGACUGCAAAGAUGUUGGUCAAGACGAGGAAGAUUUCGAGAGUGACGACGAAGGAGAGCAUCCCGAGCACGCGAUUUCUGAUUCCAGCAGCGAUGAUGGAAUUGUAAUGAUGAAGCGGAAGAAGCGAUCAGGUGCAAAACGACGACCUACUGGUAGCAGAAGCAAUUCCGCCAGUGGGAGGAAAAUCAUCGAAACAUUGCCCGCGACUACACUAAAAUACCGCACAGACAGUCCGGACAUUACUGAAGAAGCCCGACAUCAUACUUUUGGGCGCUCCUGGAGUACGGGAAACCUAUCACCAAGUCCUUCACAAGAGACUCUACGACCGACAAAUCCGUCUACCAACUUCCUGUUGCCCACGGAUGACGAUGCAGAGGAAGAGGAGAUAGACUCCGAUUCAUCGUGGAGCUUUGGUGCCAGCAAUCCAAAAUCGUCCCUUGGAGCAUCAUUAAAAGGCUCUCGAAGUGGUGGCAAAUCACCCAGACCAGUUGAUUUCCAGGUCGAGGGAAUGCGGCGAACAGAGAGUGGCAUGUUCAUGCCUAUGGAUGAGGACGAGGACGAUAUCGUGGAGGCGGGGUUGUUUGGACGCGUGAGCGAGACAAUCAAUACCGCGCGGGAUAUCGCCCACGUAAUAUGGAACGUUGGAUGGAGGAAGUGAAUUCUCCCCAUUCUUUUCCCAAGCCGCUUUUUAUGCGUUCUCCAAUCCCGUCCUCGUUACCACAUAGGUGCUCGCCGCGGCAUGGCGACACAACGAAAUUAUACGCAUCGGUCAUACGCAACUGUAUGAUCGGGAUUGACGCCGAUUAUGACAUAUUGUAAUUAUUACAGCGAGAAAAAGUUGCUGAUCAUAGACAUGGGGAAUGGUGCGGUGGGCGGACUGCAUUUGGGUUCACGAGCCUCAUGUUGGGAUGGAUCCCUGGGCGCUUUUGUACAAUCCAAGGGAGGCCACACAUGCUUCAAAUAUGCACGCGCAUUGACUGUCAGC